CAGGCCACAAUCGAGGCGACCUGCGAUGUUUACAUAUAAAGAAGUAGGUUGUCGUAGAGACCGAAAACAUCUUCACGAUUCAAUAUAAGUGGGACUAGGUGUGACUCGGAAGAGGUGACACGUUUAAGAAUAUUAGUGUUAACUUUUCCAACAUUUAGCGGGGACCGUUCCGCCGCGUGAAACACAGCCAAUGUAGCAGAUAGGAGGUGCUUCAUUAUUUUCGCAUUUUAACCAGAUACGUUUUGAUGAUUGGGCGAACCCUGUGUGGACCAUCUGGGCCAGAUUGACUUUGACACCUCUGUGAGGGGGUACGGAACGAAAUCCAACAUGUGGUCCGUGAUCUGGGCUAAUUGGUGUCUGUAAAUCUACCAGGAUACGACCGAGUGUUCACACUCCCCCAAACACUGUGUUCGUAUUGGAGAUAUCUUAUUCCGAUGGAGAACAAGUCGGAUUAUUUACGCAGCUAUAAAAUAUGAAAUCGUUUAUCCAAUAACACUUGCUUGACAGAAAGGACUAGCGGAAAGAACAGCGAUACGAGAGUGGAGAAAAAUUAAAGAAAGAAGAGAUUAUUACAACAUUUUGUAUAUAAUACGAUAAAUGGAACUAAAAAACGCCAAAAUUACGAAAUCACCAAUCAAAGACAAAGACAGAAAGUAAUUCUGAAUUUUUGGAAUACAAUUUGACAGUUAAAAGCAUUUGCGGCUAGGUGAGCGGUUUGGAGUGUAAGCGUGAAAGCGGCAAUGUCGACAUCGAGCGGGGUAUCCGACUCCGAGGAUAGCUGCCACACGGAGUACGAGCCCAUCCACCGCCUGGCCAUGAUCCGGGUACAUCCACCCCGCAACCCCAACAAGCCGUUCACGUCGUUCAGCAUCAGUGACAUCCUCGCCAACUCCACGACGCAGCCACACAAUACCUACGCCGCCAACGGCGCCAAAAUCGUCCGCCCAUGGGCGUCCGGGAUCGACAGGGACAGCGACAACUCCUCCGACGGCGACGAGGAGAUAAACGUCGACGACGAUGAUGACGACGAACCGCCGCCGUCGUCGUUGAAGUCGAUGGGGUUGGUGUCGCCGCUGGACGCGUUGAUGGAGAUGGCGAACAAGACGUUUGAAGGGCUCGAGUCGUCAGAAUCAGCAGAUGCCAAACGAAGAGAUCAGGCGGCUUUGUUUAGCAAACACCAGCCUCCAAAGAAGAGAAGAAAAUCGAGAACGGCCUUUACGAACCAACAGAUAUACGAGCUGGAGAAACGCUUUCUCUACCAGAAAUAUUUAACUCCCGCCGACAGAGACGAAAUUGCUCUAAAACUCGGACUUACGAACGCUCAGGUGAUCACGUGGUUUCAAAAUCGUAGAGCGAAGUUAAAACGAGAUCUCGAAGAGUUAAAAAAUGACGUCACAGCUGCGAAAACUACUCCAGUGACGCUUACCUCCAAAUAUGGAGCGAUUGAACUCGAAAUGUUAAAAGCGGAAGGACGUAAACACGCCGGAAGUGACGUUUCCACUGUCAGCCAAUCGUUUUCAAGCCCAGAACAAUCUCCAGCCAAUAGUCCGUCGCGAUCAAACGAGCCAAUGGAGAGUAACGACACAGAAAAACAUGAUUCUAAAACAUGAAUGUUGGGGUCUGGAUCCCGAUCGUGAAAAGUUAGAGCAAAACAAACA